AUGAAUAUUGUGGGAUGCAAGUGGGUUUUCAAAUUUAAACGGAAAGCCGAUGGCUCUAUAGACCGCUACAAGGCUCGCCUUGUUGCCAAGGGAUUCAAUCAACAGGAAGGAUUUGAUUACAAGGAAACAUUUAGCCCAGUCGUUAAACCGGCCACCAUUCACACUGUCUUGUCUUUGGCUAUGUCUUAUAACUGGUCUCUUCAGCAGCUUGAUGUUCGAAAUGCCAUCUUGAAUGGGUACUUGCAAGAAGAGGUGUAUAUGAAACAACCUCCUGGUUUUCAUGAUUCCUCGCGUCCUCAAGAUGUAUGUCAGCUCAAUAAGGCUCUCUAUGGCCUUAAGCAGGCUCCUCGAGCUUGGUUUCAACGCCUCAGUUCUAACAACCCGGGUAUUUUGGUCUUUUACGACCCACAGUCACCAGGUGUCAGUUUUAAACAGGAUUCGGCCCGGAUUUCAAAGUGGAAUUUGGGUCGGGUCGUUUCAUCAAUGCCUUUCUUCUUGCUCAGGGAUUUGUUCACAGUCACUCUGAUCCAUCACUCUUUAUUCAUCGCUCCUCUUCCUGCACAGUCUAUGUUCUUGUAUAUGUGGAUGACAUCAUUGUCAUCGGGUCUGAAACUCAAAGUGUCCACCGAUUUCUUGAUCAAUUGUGCUCCACCUUUGACAGUCGCCGAAUGGUUUAACAUGACUGACUGCAAACCGUGUCCUACACCAUUACCUUCUGACACUCGAUUGUCCUGUAUGGAUGGUGAUCCCUCUACCUAUCGGAGCAUGGUGGGUGGCCUCCAAUAUCUUACUCUACCGCGGCCUGAUAUUUCCUUUGCUGUUAAUCAGGUUGUCAAGCGCAUUUUUUGGUAUAUCAAAUGUAUAGUUGAGCAAGGUCUUGUGUUUCACAGGUCCAAUGACUUUACUUUACGCAAUUUCUCUGAUCCUGAUUGGGCUGGUUCUGUUGAUGAUAGACGGUCUACCACUAGUGCUUGUAUUUUUUUCGGACCUAAUCUUCUCACCUGGACUGCCAAAAAACAGUCUACUGUUUCUCGUUCUAGCACUGAAGCUGAAUAUCGUGCUCUUGCUCAUACUGCCGCUGAAAUCCGGUGGUUUGGUUUCUUGUUUCGUGAACUUGGUAUUCCUCUUCGCUCUGCCCCUUGCGUCUAUGUUGAUAAUCUCUCCGCCAUUUAUGUGGCUGCCAAUCCUAUUUUCCAUGCUCGCACCCGUCAUAUUGGGAUCGACUAUCAUUUUGUUCGCGAACUCGUUGCUCGCAAAGCUCUUCAUACCUUCUAUGUUCCCUCCUCUCAUCAGAUUGCUGACAUAUUCACCAAAGGCCUUAGUCAUGAGCGAUUUUCUCUUCUUAAAUCCAAGCUCAAUCUUCGCAUUGCUCCGUUACGCUUGAGGGGGGGUAAAGAGAAUACUACACCAGCAGAUCCCAUCCAAUCUGUCAGUCCCAGGAAAUCAGCUGAUCCCAUUACAUCAGCCUUAGAAGCCUCCUAA